UAUUCAAAUGAGUUGUUUUUAGAUAUUUUGGCCAAUUUUCGAUAGACAGUCAUUUGAUUGAAAACAUUUGCAGUUCAAAACAUGUCUUCAUCAGCAAACACGAGUGGACUGUGGAUUGACCAGAACCAGCCAAAGUCAUUCAAGGAUCUUUCCUACCAUCCUAGUAUCUCAAACUGCCUGAAAAGAAUGGCAUCUAGUGGCGAUUUCCCUCAUUUCCUCUUUUUCGGCCCCUCUGGUGCAGGAAAGCGAACUCGAGCGAUGUGCUUCUUACGAGAAGUUUACGGAGCAGGAGUUGACAGAACGAGACUUAGUCACGAGACGUUCGAGACAUCGAAUAACAAGAAAGUGGAAAUCAACUUGAUAGCCAGUAACUAUCACCUGGAAAUUAACCCAAGCGAUGCUGGAAUCUACGAUCGGUUUGUGAUUCAAGAUCUGAUUAAAACUACAGCCCAAAGUAAUCAGCUGGACGCGACUAACCAGAAGUCAUUCAAAGUCAUUCUAAUUUCGGAAGCUGAUAAUUUGACCAAAGACGCACAACAUGCGUUGAGAAGAACUAUGGAGAAAUACGUAUCAUCGUGUAGGUUAAUUUUGAUUGCCAAUUCAGUUGGAAAAGUGAUUCCAGCUCUGAGGAGCAGAUGUCAGAUGAUCCGGAUUCCUGCACCGACCGUCGAAGAGGCCGCAAAAGUAGUGCAUCAAGUAUCGCGAAAAGAACGGUUCUCAAUUACCAUGGAAACUGCUACUCGUAUUGCAGAGUCAGCUAAUCGAAACCUGCGAGUUGCUCUUUUGAAAUGUGAAGUGAUGAAACUCAAACAGACUCCGAACCCUCAAGAAUCGGAGUUUCCGGAGGCACCCUGGGAGUCGUAUGUCCGAGAGACAGCUGCGAUCAUUCUCUCUAAACAGUCGAAAGAGGCGGUUCUUCAGAUUAGAAAGCGACUUUACUGUCUGCUGGAGAAGUGUAUACCGUCUCAGGUGAUUUUUGUUGAGCUGGCUAAAUGUAUGAUUGAGAGAGUUGAUUUUGGAUUCAAACCUGUACUGGCGCGUUUAGCUGCUCAUUACGAGACAAGCUGUAAUAUUGGAGACAAGGCGAUAUUUCAUUUGGAGGCAUUUGUGGCCAAGUUUAUGCAUCUCUAUUUGGUGUACCAAUCGGAAGGUUUCUGUGAUAAACUGAUGAUCGAAUGAAACAACUAAUGAUAUGAUGAUUUGUUUGAUGUAUUGAAUUUGUCUGUAUUGAGUGAAAUGUUUGAAUAAUUUGAAUGAUCUUACAGAA